AGAUAUCCCACAUUCAGCAGAAAACGGUAACGCGAUUGCAAAAACAUGCGAGAUGCGUUCUUCGGUUCCAGUUCGUUUAAAAACAGCGCCACCAAUAUUAAACAGUUGCGCCAACGGUAUACAUGAAAAUACAUUUUGUGUUAUUAUCUUUGCUAAUUUGUUUAUCAGUAGUAAAGGACGAGUCUGAGGUGGGCGUUUUGUACAAGUUUAAUGUUUUGUUAAACUGACAUUACAACAGUGAAAGUGAAAAUGUCAGCAGGUUUUGUACCAGGAACGGCAGCACAAUGCACAGCGGAAGUUGAGCUCUCUAUAUCUUGCAGGAAUCUAAUAGGUAAAGACAUAUUGAGCAAAUCAGACCCCAUGUGUGUAACAUAUAUGAAACCAUUUGGUGAGUCUCGUUGGGUUGAAUACCAUCGAACAGAGCAUAUAAAAAACACACAUGAUCCAGAUUUUACAAAGAAAGUUCACAUAAUGUACCGAUUUGAAGAACAGCAGCCAAUAAAGUUUGACAUCUAUGAUAUUGAUUCCUCAAGUACAAAUCUUGCUGAUCAUGAUUUUCUUGGAUCGGCAUACUGCACCUUGGGACAGAUUGUGUCAAGUGGAAAGGUUCAGCUUCCUCUGCAAUCAAAUGCAAGUCAACCUGUGGGGGAUCAUCAAAGCUUUGUGGUUGUUACUUCUGAGGAGCUCUCAUCCUGUAAAGAUGAAGUUAUUCUAGAGUUCAGUGGACACAACCUGGAGAAGAAAACAUUUCUGUUUUUCUUUGGACAUUUAAAUCCAUACCUUGUAUUCUAUAAAUCAACCGAAUCUGGAGAUUUCUCUGCAGUUUUCAAAACAGAGGUAGUGCAUCACACCAAUAAACCACACUGGCGCCGCUUUUCAAUUCCUGUAAGGCAGCUUUGUAAUGGUGAUUAUGACCGCAACAUAAAAGUCUCGUGUUUUCAUUCAAGUUCAUAUGGAGGUGAUGACUCACUUGUUGGAGAGUGUAAUGUUACCUUGCGAACAUUAUCUUCAGGCCCUUCCAGCAAUACAAAGCUCCAGCUUAUUCAUCCUGAGAAGAAGAGAAAACCAUCAUAUAGACAUUCUGGUGAAAUUUGGUUAGACAAUUUUGAGACAAGGAAGAUAUAUUCUUUCAUGGAUUACAUUAAGGGAGGUACUCAACUUCAUUGCUCCAUUGCUAUUGAUUUCACAGCAUCUAACGGCAAUCCACUUGCUCCUGAGUCACUACAUUUCAUUGGUCCACAUCCAAAUAUGUAUGAGCAAGCAAUACAAUCAGUUGGAACUAUAAUCCAGGAUUAUGACACUGACAAAUUGUUUCCUGUACUUGGGUUUGGAGCUCGUUUACCUCCUGAUGGCAGAGUAUCACACGAGUUCUUUGUCAACAUGAACCCAACUAAUCCAUAUUGUGAUAAAAUUGCAGGAGUUCUUGCUGCAUACAGAGAUUGUAUUAGACAGAUCCAGUUGUCUGGUCCAACAAAUUUUGCUCCAGUUAUAAAUCACGUUGCCAGGUUUGCAAAUGCCUACAGAGAUGGCUCCAGCUAUUUUAUUCUCCUGAUUCUUACUGAUGGUGUCAUUACUGACAUGCCACAGACCACUCAGGCCAUUGUGGAUGCAUCCUGUCUUCCUUUGUCUAUAAUAAUAGUUGGCAUUGGAAAUGCUGACUUUAGUGCCAUGGAGACCCUGGAUGCUGAUACUGUAGCACUGUCUGCUGGUGGCCGACGAGCUGUUCGUGACAUAGUACAGUUUGUUCCAUUCAACAAGUUUAUGCAUAUGGGUGAUCCCCAAACUGCUAGGCUCAGGUUAGCAAGAGAAGUGCUUGCAGAAAUCCCGCAGCAGUUUAUUGGUUAUAUGAAGGCUAACAAUAUCACUCCAAAACCACCUCAAGAAAAUGUAGUUAUGCUGCCACCUGAUCCAACUCUUACAGCAAUAUCAUAAACAUACGCAUUUCAUGUGUGUGCAUAUUUGUAUUUAGAAAACUGGAAUGAUAAAAUUAUUACACAUUUAUUCCAAUGUGCUUUUGUUUGUUUCAGUGUUAUAAAAGCAUGUUAAAAUAUUUGUACUAAAAAUUGCAAAUUGCAAACUGCAGUAUUGGGGUUGGUUUCAGCCAACUAAAUAGAUCAAAAUAAUGUGUUCAGUACAGAUGUGUAUGAUAUGUUUGCCAGUUAGUGAAGUUCGGAAAUUUGAUUACAGUGGUGGUUUUGUAUACCUCAAAAAUAUAUUUAUUGGAUAUUUUUUAUAAGUAACGAAAUUUCAUUUAGUGUGAAGUAAUACAUGAAUUAUUUAGGAUUCAUUUAAAACCUAAAGAAACAAAUGCUUUUUAAACAAUGGAAAGUACAGGAUAGAGUAACAUUAAUAUGGAAAAAAUAGAUUGCUCUCACCAUAUAGUGAGACAUCGACUCUCAGACAGGCACAAUUAAAAUGACUGCUUUUGGACAAAAACUUUGGAGACAGUGGCCUUGCAUGUGUGGGUUGUGCUUUUGUGAAUGUGUGUAUGUUUUCUGUAUCAGAAGAAGGACUUUGUCCAACAGAUCAGAUAUUUUAGUUGCCUUAUUCAUUGUGUCUGUCUUUGAGUCUAUGCUGCCUCUAUGUGGUGAGUAGCAUUUUAUACUUUCAAAGAAUGCUUUUUCAUCUGUAUGUGUAAGACCUGUUCAGUAGGACUCAUAUGGUCACAGACCUGUGAUCACAAAGCCGGUCAGUCAAUGACACUGCCACAUUUUUUACUCGUUUUCUUUCUUUUUGAAAAUUUUAAUUCCCUAGUGUGUCAUUUUUUACUGAAAUUCUUCUUAUACUGAAAGUAGUUAGGUACUUAAUGUAAUCAAGAAAUGUGCAUUAAAGGAAGCUUUGCUCAUUAUUGCAGUUGAAAUAUUGUGGUAACUAAAGGAAAGACAGUACUUGUUUCAAUGAGGGGUGUGAUUUAUUGAAUCAGGUUAUACAAAUUGAACACAUUGUCAUUCAGUAGAAAACUGCCACUAACAAAUAUUUUAAGUAAUCUCACAAAACAUUCUUUUUUUGAAUGUUUUAAGCCAAAGGAAAAGUCAGUGACAAAUGCUUACUACAUUUCAUAGUAUAGUUUGCAAACAAAUUUUCUGUCAUUUUUGGAAAUGACCACUAAAUGUUCAAAAAAUUUUUGAGAAAAGAUUGCAUUUAUAUUUUCAUAAACAACUAUUCCCUUAUUACACAUUUGAAAAACUCCGUAUAUCAGUUAAGAAAAUACUGCCAAAAUCUUUUCAUCAGCAUCAGUUAAAAGUAUAGCAAUCUUGGUGAAAGAAAAUCUCUGACAGUUGCAGUGGUCUUUGCAUGGCUACUUUGGGUGCCUAUCUCAACUAUUCAUGUAACAUGACUUUGUAUACAUCUCUAUGGCAGUGUAGCUGUUUGAUCUUUACGGCAAAAAACCAACUGUCAGGUAUCUGUUCCUGUGGUCUCUAUUAUAAAUGCAAUUUGACUCGGCUUCCUGUCCAUACUUGACAAGAGUAACUGGUAAGGUGUUUCUCAUAUCUGCGUCCCACAAACUCGGUGUCAGAGAGCUCUCCUCACUAAAACAACAAAACGCAUUUAAUUCUUCUUCCCCUUGCUGGGAGUUGAGUGUAUUAAACACUAUCUUGGCCAGCAAACACAGUUUAUUACAGUAACAAAUAUGAUUAUUAUUGGGUACUAGGAUGAUAAGGUAUGAGUAAAAGAAACCUUGAAUUAUAUGUUUUCAAGUUUGCAAACAAAUUGACAAAUCCAGUUUUUGCACAAUAUAUGGAUGACUUACCUAGUCAUCAAGAAAUAUGCAGAAAUAGAAUGAUCAGGCCAUCUGGAUACACAAAAAUACAUAAUCCACCAUUUGCGCCAAAGAAUCUCAGAAAUCACAUAUAAAAUGAUGCUACUGCUCUCAUUCAUAUAUAAAUGAUAUAGUAGCAAGGAUUUGGACAUUAAAAUUAAUUUGUGCUUGUUAUGAUCGCUCAUUGUGAUGGUUAAGUAAUGCUGUGGUCAAGGUGGUUUGUGGCAAAUAUGCCACCAUGCCACUUGACAUUUUAAUGAGCUGUCACCUCAAAAUCUUCAAUAGCAAAUAGUCAUGUAAUGUCUUCAUAAGACUGCAAGAGAGUGGAGAUAACUCUGGUUCAAUACGGAUUUGAAAGCUGCCAAGAAUUAAAAAAGAAAGGUGGUAAGGAUAAAAAGUAAGACCGAUAUAAUUAACAGUAAAUACUGUAUUCUAGAGGCUGACAACAUAGCAGCACACAUUUUGAAGUACUACUACUACUGUCAUAUAUUUACUAACAUGAGGAAAUUUCCUUACUAGAUUAGUGUGAAACUAAAAGAGUCAAAUGGUGAGGUGAGCACAGUAGUGAGAGACUCCACCCCAUGCUGGACCAGCCAGUAGCAUCAUUCGUUCACGUGUCUGCAGUACGCACAAUGAUAAUUUGGAAUUGGUUUUUCAAGUCAUUGUAAAUAUUGGAAGCCCACUUAGGCGUCGUGGUUUCCUUAUGGCUGACAUAAUGUACACACAUAAGUACUCUGUUAACAAGUGGUACUGAUAGUUUUUGGAAUAUACAAAUUUUUAAAGGCUAAGUCAGAAAUGUGAAUAGUGGCCUCAUGGUUCAUACUCUUAGUGUUGCCAGUUAUUUGGGACAAAGCUGAGAACACAUUGGUGCCACCACAAAGUAUUCUGUCUCUCUUUGCAGAGAAUGCAUCACAGAUAUGCCUUCUAACUUGCACACUUCUCUAGCUGAUGGCUUAAGUACACACUUUUCAAUGUUUCAUCCAUAAUUAUAAAUGUACUGUGUCGAUUGAUGUGCUUUCUUUGAGACUCAGUGUAGUCCUUGUGGUCUCUCUCUGAGCUACAGCUUAGUAUUAAAGAAAAAAAGUCAGCUUCUGACUUCUUUCCUAAAAUUUUAAGGGGAUUUUUUUUAAUUUAUCUUUUUAAAAUGGGGGAAAAUGUUGUAAAAAAAACUUUCCCUGUAAAAUGACUUAUUUAGCCAAUUCAUAAGGUGCUUGCUACUUUAGGUGCCAUAUUUUGUAGAUAGAUGCUAAAUGUUAUUGCCAAACUGCCAGUGAAUUGAAUAAUUUUGAGAGUCCCUUAAAUAUAUACUUGAUGUUCCUGUACAGCACAAAGAUGACAAAUGCAAUGGCUAUCAAACUAUUGAGAAUUACUUAUAUGUUUGUUUAUUGUAAUGGUAUAAACAUGUUUUAAAAGCUUAUCAGAAUCUGAAUUCUUAUUGUAGCUCUGUACAUGUCAGACAUUUAAAAUUCACUUGUGUUAUUUAAACUAUCAUGGCUCACAGUUGUAAAUAGUUUGUACUGCUAGUUGCAUGAAUAUUAUAUUUUUACAACUAAUUUAUGUGAAAAGAUGUUGAUAUAUUCUUUGCUCUGAUCAAUUUGUAGAAUAGAAUUUUAAUAUACUAUAGCUCUGAAUUCUCAUGUUACACCAUUCCAUGAAACGUAGUAUUAAGAAUGUACUAUGCCAGUAACUAUAUCGUACAUUGUGAAAACAAGGUAUCUUGUAUUUUAAAUGUUGUUUAUCGUCCCAGAGAGAGUUAUGUAAGUCCACAAUCUAAAUGUACCACUACUGGACUGUGUAAAGCUGCAGGUUAGAUGCACUUUCUAAUUUACACCUGAAAUAUAGCUUGUUACUCAUUGCUCAUUCUCCGAACACAUCCCUAUCUUUGAUAUGGACACAGUGUUCUGAAUAUGCUAUUCAUUUCAGUGUCGUGCACACUGCCUUAACCCAAAUCCAUAUAUACCUCCCCACUUUCUCCUCCUACCAUGUACAUCUCUCACCACCACACAAGAAAGAAAAAACUCUUGAUUUAGCUCUGCCUUUAUGAGAGAAUAAAAGUGUACACUUGAGGUCAGUUAUCUUGUUUUGCAAAUUGAGCUCUCUGAAUAUGCAUCAUGGAUGCUUCCAGUCUCUAAAUUGUUAAUCAUUACGUAGGAUUUCCCAGUUUCUAAAUUGCUAGCCAUCACGUAGGAUCUUUAUCCUUGAAAAGACGGCCUAGUGGAGAAUGGUUUGGUCAUGGCUUUGGGGCUGUCUCCGGAAAGGAAUCUCUCUUUGCAGCAGUGUGUAAGCCUGUGUGUAACAUUAAAUUUAUAUACCAAACUGGAUUCAUAAAGUUUUGUUCUGGCAAGCCUCUCCCCACUAUGUCCAAACUGUAGAGGCUUUUCUGUUAACCAUGCAGACUCGGAAUCAUUGCAUUCUAAAUAAGUCUUCAUUUAUAUGUGUAUUGGUACUUUGCACAUGAUUGUGUCCAGCUUAACAUUUAGCUUGUUAAUAGCAAUGAAAGGGUGAGAGAGGUCAACAAAUUAGUGCUUGAGAGACCUUAAGUGGCUUUGUAAGACAGAGAUUUUGAGUGAUAUUCAGUAAGGACAAAUAUGAGAAUUGACGCACCCCUUCCAUAUGAAAACUUGUGAAAAAAGUCACCAGUCUGCAGUAUCUUUCAAAGAAUGAUGGAGAGAAUGCACAUUCCAUGGAUCAUUUGUAACGUAGCUGAUCCCUACAUAUGUCUUGACAUUCUACCUCAAUUUGUGUUAAAAUGUGGGAAAUUUCGACUUAAGUGGUCUUGAAAGAUGAAAUACGUUUUUCAAAUACACUGUUGGAAAGAGAGACUGGAAUGGAGCUUGCCUACCCUAUUUCUUGGACAGGUGUGUUUUAAUAAACUUUUUUUUCUGUGAGAAUUAUUAUGUUCAUGAAAGCACAUUCUUCAUUCACAACUAGAAACAUUUUAUUGUAAUGCAGACAUAAGUAGUUUGGUUGUCUGUUUCAUAGUACAAAAUAUAUCCCCUUACUAUGUGCAUGUAAUGACUAGUGUAUCGUUCAUAACAAAUUUGUACUCUUGUAUUUCUUCCAUGGAUGAAGAUAUCAGGUAACACACAUUGCAGAUUUAUUUGCAUUUCAUGUAGUGAGUUGAUUCCUCAUCACACAAAUGUCAGUGACUGAGAUCAGCACAAGUUUUCCCUCGCAUUGUCCACUGCAAGUCACAUGUGGUUCACUUUUAUUGGUACAAAUCGUGUCAGCAGUGCAAAUUUCAACAGAGGGAUCUCUGUCUCUCCUACCCUCAAACCUCCCCCCCCCCCCCCCCCCCUCUCUCUCUCUCUCUCUCUCUCUCUCUCUCUCUCUCUUUCUCUGUCUCUCUCUCUCACAGAGCAUUUUUAUGCUAAAACUGAAAGACUGUAUUUAUAUCUAAGGGAAUUUGUAUUGUGCUUACUUUCCAAUAAAAAUUAUUUUAAUUCUUUGUGUAAAUGUAUUUUUCAUGUUACUCUAUAUGUACAUCUGAAUAUGUAUUACCGUUCAGGUUACAUUUUCUUGCCAGCUGAAAGUUUCUCUAGUUUUGCACUGACUAUGCAGACAACAGUGACUGAUAUGAAACAUUGUAGGUAGCAUAUAUUAAAACUGUUUAUAGUUUUUUGCACAAUCAGAAUAAUAGUCAAAAGGGGAUGAUCAGGAUAUGUUUUUGUUACAGUGUAUCAAAAAAUUUUAAUGUCUCUUACAUUUCCUCUGUGAGCACGGAAAAUAUUGAAAUGAUAAGCCUGCUUGAAUAAUUCAUUGUUUAACACCACUAUAUACUGAUCAUAGUGUACUGAAGUUUGAGCAAUAUUAGUUUGAUUAGUAUUCCAUGAAAUUCAGCAAAAAUGAUUUUGUCCAGCAUUUAACUACUCUGUUCAAAACGUACCAAUGCAAAAUAUGAAAUGGCAUUGGACUGUAUUGAUUUACUUCUUGUAACUUCCCUGGGUAGAAAAUCUGUGCCACUUUUCCCAACCUUUGACUAUACCCUCAUAUCUCUCUCCCAUUUUUUCAUUAACACUGCAAGAAUAGGUUGUGAGUUCUGUUUCCUCUUCUCCACUCUAUUAGUAAUUAUGUUAUCACCACUGUUACUUGAUCAGUAUUGGUAUGAUGAUGUAUAUAUUUUAUGUGCUUUCCUUUAUUAUUAAAAAAUGAGAAGUGAAAUUUUAACAUUUGCAGAAUUAAUACAGGGCUUCCAGUGAUUAUGUCCUUCACCCCUCUGUAUUUCAUAUAUGGAUUAGUCCUAUUUGACACAAGCUAACUGUAUUAGGAGACUUGCAUAAUUCACAGCCUCAAUGAAUUACGGUCGUGCAAUGUAAUUUCUAAAUUAGACUUGGAUGGACAGAUAUUGCAGAGUAUUUGUUAAAGAAUGUUAAAUAUUUAUCUGGAAUUUCUAAGUGCUGAAGUUCAUUAUACAGCACUGUACAAUAUUACAAAAACAAUGAAAUGACAUUACUUAGUAUUAUUCAGUCUUGCUUUUAUGAUUCAUGUCUCUUUAAGACACUAUAUGUAAUGACUGUUGAUUUGAUCUUUCAGGUUUGAUGUUUUUAUUAUUGUUCUGUUGGUAUUAUUAAUGGCAUAACUGUUUUGUUUCUUUUAUGUACAUAUUAGAGAAAUUAUGUUUACCUAAACUGCUGCGGAGUUUAAAUUCUUAUUUUGAAAAGCACAUUUCUUGCAAAUCAGAGAAUUAGCUUUUUGGAGAGUUCUCCUGUUACCUGUCUGUUUACUUUUGCUAAAAGUUUAUCAUGUUAAAUAUUUUGCAAAAAACUAUAAAUAUAUACUUUUGUAUUAAAUUCAACAA